AUGAUGAACUCCUAUACAGUUGAAAAAGUUCCAACAAAACCAUUUCAAGAUCAAAAGCCAGGUACUUCGGGUCUGCGUAAGAAGACGAAGGUCUUCAGUAGUACACCUCACUACACAGAGAAUUUUAUUCAAUCUGUAUUGGAUGCGAUUCCAGGCGGUUGCAAGGGUGCCAUCCUAGUUGUCGGAGGUGACGGUCGUUAUUACAAUGAUGUGGUUUUAAAUAUAAUUGCAUCCAUUUCGGCAGCCAAUGGCGUUAGGCAAUUGAUUAUCGGGCAAAAUGGGAUCCUCUCAACACCCGCGGCCUCACACAUAAUAAGAACUUAUCAAGACAAAGAGGGUAGAAAAGUCACUGGUGGUAUAAUUCUAACUGCGUCACAUAACCCAGGUGGUCCAGACGCUGAUUUGGGUAUAAAGUAUAAUUUAGCUAAUGGUGGUCCAGCCCCAGAAGUUGUUACCAACAAAAUGUGGGAAAUUUCUAAGAAGUUAACGUCUUACAAUAUAAUUAAGAACUUCCCAAAAAUAGAUUUGAAAACCAUAGGUCAACGUAAUUAUGUUGAUCUUUCUGUGGAGAUUAUCGACUCAACAAAAUCUUAUGUUGAAUUUUUGAAAACAAUCUUUGAUUUUGCUUUGAUUAAACAGUUUAUUCAUGCUCAAAGAAAGACAUCUAAUUGGAAACUUUUGUUCGAUGGAUUGAAUGGUGUAACAGGUCCUUACGGUAGGGCAAUCUUUGUUGAUGAAUUUGGCUUACCAGAAACUGAAGUUUUACAGAAUUGUACACCAAAGCCUGAUUUUGGUGGUAUCCAUCCAGACCCAAACUUGACAUAUGCGCGUACAUUAGUCGAUAGAGUCGACAGGGAAAAAAUUCAAUUUGGUGCAGCAUCAGACGGGGAUGGUGAUAGAAACAUGAUCUACGGGUAUGGACCAGCGUUUGUAUCACCUGGAGAUUCUUUGGCGAUCAUUGCUGAGUAUGCUUCAGGUAUUCCUUAUUUUGCCAAACAAGGAAUCUAUGGGUUGGCACGUUCAUUCCCAACUUCAAGUGCUAUUGAUCGUGUGGCCGCCGCAAAGGGGUUGAAUUGUUACGAGGUCCCAACCGGUUGGAAAUUUUUCUGUGAUUUGUUUGAUGCAAAGAAAUUAUCUAUUUGCGGUGAAGAGUCAUUUGGUACAGGUUCCAACCACGUCAGAGAGAAGGAUGGUAUGUGGGCUGUGAUUGCUUGGUUGAACAUUCUAGCACUAUACAAUAAACGUCAUCCUGAAAGAGAAGCAUCAAUUAAAACUAUUCAGAAUGAAUUUUGGGCAACUUAUGGGCGCACUUUCUUCACCCGUUAUGAUUUCGAGCAUGUGGUGCCCGAAAAGGCUAAUGAUAUCGUAAGUGUAGUUCAAAAACUGGCCACUUCGCCAGCCGCCAAGGGCUCAAAAUUCCUUGCAAGUGACUCUCUCACAAUAACAGAUGCCGGUGAUUUUGAAUAUACAGACUUGAAUGGCGCCAUUUCAUCGCACCAAGGUCUAUAUUUCAAACUUUCGAAUGGCACACGAAUCGUUCUAAGAAUAUCUGGUACUGGAUCCUCAGAUGCUACAAUCAGAUUGUACUUAGAGAAAUACACUGAUGACAAGAAUGAAUACCACAAGACUGCAGAGGAGUAUCUUAAACCUAUGAUUAACGCUGCAAUAGAAUGUUUCAAUAUCGAAAAGAUCUUGGGUACCAAAGAACCAACAGUGAAAACUUAA